AUGGCUCCUUCAAAGUCAAAGACCCCCAAGGGCGGCGCUUCGAAAUCGAGAUCGGGUGCCAUCAUCUCUGAUCCCCGUUUCGCCAACAUCCACUCCGAUCCCCGAUUCCGCCUGCCCUCGAAGAAAAGCACACAUGUCACCGUCGACAAGCGUUUCGCGCACAUGCUCCAGGAUGACGACUUUACGCGCAAGGCCUCCGUGGACCGUUAUGGCCGCAAAAUCACCAAGGAUGCUGGCAAAAAAGAGCUCGAGCGCAUGUACCGCGUCGAAGGCGAGGACGAGGACGAGGACGGGGAAGCCGAAGAGCAAAACUCGGACGAAGUCGACGACGAUGACGAGGUGCAGAAGGAGCUGGCUAGGGUGGAGAGGAAAUACGACCCUGCACGAGAGGGCGGUUUCUCUUCUUCGGAAGAUGAGAGCGACGAGGACGACGAAGAUGAGGUCGAGGUUCAGGAAGAGGACGCAUUUGAUUUCCCCACUGGCGGGAAAGAGGCCGAGAUUGAGGAGAUGGAAGACGCUACGCCGCGGCUGGCGGUCGUGAACCUGGACUGGGAUAACAUACGAGCCGCGGACCUCAUGGCUGUCGCAAACAGCUUCGCGCCCGAAGGCGGUCGCAUCCUCAAUGUGACUGUCUAUCCCAGCGAAUUUGGCCGCGAGCGCAUGGAGCGGGAAGAGCUCGAGGGUCCGCCGCGGGAGAUCUUCGCAAAGAACAAAAAAGACGACUCUGAAGCUUCCGGGUCCGAAGAGGAUUCAGAUGACGAGGAAGAGAAGAUUAAGAACGAACUGUUGCAGGAGGACAAGGGUGACGAGUUCGACUCCAAGGCGCUGCGUCAAUACCAGCUGGAGCGCCUGCGCUACUACUAUGCUGUCAUUACCGCCGAUUCCGCUGGAACAGCGCGGCAGAUCUACGACAACAUGGACGGGCGCGAGUAUCUCUCCAGCGCCAACUUUUUCGACCUACGUUUCGUGCCCGACGACGUGUCCUUCGACGAGGAUAAGCCGCGUGACGAAUGCAAACGUAUUCCCGACGGUUACCGGCCCAACGACUUCGUCACCGAUGCCCUCACCCAUUCGCGCGUCAAGCUGACCUGGGACGCCGACGACAACUCCCGAAAGGAGAUCCAGAAACGCGCCUUCAGCCAACAGGAGAUCGACGACAACGACCUGGCAGCAUACAUCGGCUCCGACAGCUCGUCCGACGAAGACGCCGGCUCCGAAGGCGACUCGGAAGCCGAAGCAGCAGCAGCAGCCGGAACCGGAACCACCAACAGAGACGCCAAAAAGCGCGCUCGCGAAGAGAAGGCCGCAAAGCUGCGCGCCGCGCUCGGCCUCGACGCCGGCAGCGCGCCGGCCGGCACCAAAAAGGCUCGCGACGCGGACAAGAAGCCGGUCGGGGACAUGCAGAUCACGUUCACGUCCGGGCUGUCGUCGGGCAAGGCCGACAAGAAGGCCGUCUUCGAGAACCAGCCCGAGGAGUCGACAAAGGAGAAGUACGUCCGCAAGGAGCGCGAGCGCAAGCAGCGCCGCAAGGACCGCGCCAAGGCGCGAUCCAUGGGCCUCGAUCCGGACGACCCGGAGGCGCUCGCGAAGGUGCGCGGCGACGAUGCCGAUGCCGAUGCCGAUGGCGCCGACUCGUCGGAAGAGAAGGUUGCCGACGACGACGACGCCGCCGCCGCCGAUCCCUUCAACGACCCCUUCUUCGAGAACCCCGAUCAAGAGCGCAAGCGCGCCUUCAAGGAGGCCAAGAAGGCCGACAAGCAGCGCAAGCGCGAGGAGCGCGAGGCGCAGGCCGCCAAGAGCGCGGCCGAGCGCGCGCAGCUCGAGCUGCUCAUGGCCGAGGACGAGGGCCGCUCGCACCUGCGCCACUUCGACAUCAACGAGAUUGAAAAGGGGGAGAAGCAGAAGGGCAAGAAGAAGGGCAAAUGGGCCAAGAAGGCGGCGGCCAAGAAGGGCGACGAAGCGGCGGAGAACGCGCCGCCGGAACAAGACCAGGAGGGCUUCCAGAUGGACACCCAGGACCCCCGCUUCAAGGCCUUGUUCGAGAGCCACGAGUUCGCCAUCGACCCGACGAACCCGCGCUUCAGGGGCACCAAGGGCAUGAAGGCGCUGCUGGAGGAAGGCAGGAAGAAGAGGAAGAUGGGCAGGGGCGAGGAGGAGGAGGCCGCCGCCGCCGAGGUCAGCAACAGCAGGGGGAAGAGGGCGAAGAAGGGCGAGGGUGCGGGCGGUGAGGGGGGUAGGCAGCAAGACGAUUUGAAGAGGCUCGUCGAGAGGGUCAAGGGGAAGACGAAGAAGUCCAAGGCGUAG